UCAAAAUUCUUCACUACGUAAGUUAAGCACAAACAUUAUAGUUUACCCAGUAUAACAGCAUAAGUACAAUGGCUAAGGGAGAUAAAAAGGGAUCUGGCAAUGAAAAUUCUGCCAAAGUACCGGUAACCAAAGAUGAUAGAUUCAAAUCCGUACAUAAUGACCCUAGGUUCAAUUUACCGAACUUGAAAAAUUUCAAAGUUAAGAUUGAUGAUCGUUUUAGUAAGAAAGAAUUGAAGAAAUUGAAUGCUGGAGCCGGUGGUAAGACAGUUAAAAUAGAUAGAUAUGGUAGAAAGUUGAAAAAAAGUGAUUCCGCUAAGGCACUCGAGAAAUUUUACGAGCAUGAUGAAGAGGAUGAAGAACAUAAAUCCAAGAGUGGUGAAGAAUCUGAAGAUUCAGAGUCAGAAGAAUCAGAAGAAUCAGAUUCAGAUAAUGAUAAUGUUGAAGUUGGACUUGAUAGAGCAAGAGGUGAAGGAUUAGAAUCAUCUUCAGAUGAAUCAUCUGAAGAAGAAUCUGAGUCGGAGUCUGAUUCCGAAGAAGAUAUUGAUGAGCUUGAUGAAGACUCUGAAAUUGAAGUUGAACAAGGUAAGCCAGAUGAAGGAGAACCUUCAUCGAGAUUUGCUGUUGUUAAUAUGGAUUGGGAUAAUUUAAAGGCAGUUGAUUUGAUGGCCACUUUCAUAUCUUUUGUUCCAUCUGGAGGUUCAAUUAAGUCUAUUACCAUAUAUCCUUCAGAAUUUGGGAAGGAACAAAUGCAGAAGGAAGAAAUAGAAGGUCCACCAAGAGACUUAUUUAAAUCAUCUAAAAACAAAAAGAAGGUUGAAUCUGAUUCAGAUUCAGAUGAUGAAAUUGAUGUAAAUAGUAAAGAAGAUUUAGAAAGAGCAGCUCGUAAAUUAUAUGAAGAGGAUAAUGGAGAAGAAGAUUAUGAUAGUAAAGCAUUACGUCGUUAUCAAUUACAAAGAUUAAGAUACUUUUAUGCUGUGGUAACAUGUGAUUCAGUAGGAACUUCUAAGAAUAUCUAUGAUAAUUGUGAUGGUACAGAAUAUGAAUCUACAGCUAAUAUUUUCGAUUUACGUUAUAUUCCUGAAGAUAUGGAAUUCGAUGAUUCGGAAGCAAAGGAUUCUUGUUCUAAGAUUCCUUCAUCUUAUAGACCAGAUUCUGGAUUUGUUACUGAUGCAUUACAACAUUCUAAAGUAAAAUUAACUUGGGAUGAAACACCUAAAGAUAGAUUAACAUUAUCAUCUAGACCAUUAUCUCAAAAGGAAAUUGAUGAAAUGGACUUCAAAGCAUACUUAGCAUCUGACACUGAUGAAAGUGAGACUGAAGAUGUCGGUUUAAAGAAUAAAUAUAAGAAUUUAUUAGGUGGAAGUUUUGGAUCCUUUGGAAAGGGUAAAGAUGAAGAUGAAGAUGAAGAUGAUGUAGAUAUGGAAAUAACAUUUGAUCCAGGAUUGAAGGAUACAUCAGAAGUUAAAGAAGAACAAAAGGAAGAUACAGAAGAAACUACAAUAGAUGCAUAUAGACGUAAAGAAAAGGAACGUAGAAAGAAGAGACUUGCUAAAAUGAAGGAAACACAAGAAGUUGAAAAGGAAGAAAAAGAAGAAAAGGAAGCAAAAGCUUCUAAGAAUAAUAAGAAGAACAAUAAGAAAUCCAAAAAAUCUAAUGAAGUGGAUGAAAAAUCAAAGGCUGAAUUAGAAUUAUUGAUGAUGGAUGAUGAAAACAAUGAUGAUCACUUUAAUAUGAAGGAUGUAAUUAAGGCCGAAAAGCAAAAAUCAAAGAAGAAUAAAAAGUCAAAGAGUGUGGAUAGUGAAUUUACUCAAGAUAAUUUUGAAGCUGACUUAAAUGAUCCUCGUUUCAAAGAAAUCUUUGAAAGUCACGAUUAUGCAAUUGAUCCAACAAAUAGUGAAUUUAAAAAGACAGAAACUAUGAAAAAGAUUUUAACUGAACGUUCAAAGAGAAAUCGUGAUGGUUCUACCAAUUAUCAUAAUAAAUCUAAUAAAAGACAACACAAAGAUAAAUCUUCACACGGAACAAAAUCAACCAAUAAUGAAGUGGGUUCAUUGGUUAAUAAAAUAAAGCUGAAAUAUAGAAAAAAUUAAGUAUAUAUAUAGUUAAUAAAAUAUUUUGGUCAGAUAUAAAUUAA